AUGGUGGGUGGAGAAGCCCGUCCCCUCGACGGACACCUGAGCACUGACGUGCUGCUCUGCAGAGGCAGCAAACCCACAGCGGCAUCCUCCGAGGCUGAGGGACAAGAAGCAACAUGCAUAAUCCUGCAGGUAAAACUCCCUAUGUGGGAAACCCCGGCUGGACUCAUUGCUGAGAAUCUUCUCAAAGCCAAAGAAAUAGCCCUCAAUGACUCUCGUGUUCCUGAACAGCUCAAGAAUUACUUACAGAAAGCUCUUGAUGUUGCUCUUGGACUAGACCCUUACCUGGAUGCAAUGGCAACUUCAAAGAGAAAAUCAUCACCUGACCGUGGCCCGGGGGACGCUGGAGGAACUGAAACCAGAGUUAGGCUGCAGGAAGAACAUGCCUUUGGCUCUUUGAACGGCAAGUUGGUCAACCAAGAGGAUAAAAUGACACCAGAUUGGUGCCAAAUUUUUAGGAUGUUUGUCCAUAUGAUCAGAGCCAGGAAGAUUUUAUUAAUUGGCAAGCUUAAAGGUUGCAGUAUCCUUGCUAUUGCAGAAGAAUUGCCAGAUGAUGGCAAAAUCUUUGCAUGUACAGAAGUGCCGUAUCUCGGAGCGAACAGCCAAGAAGCAUUUGAUUAUUCUUCAGAUGGCAAAAAGAUAAGCAUGCGAGUGGGACCAAUGGCAGACACUUUGGAGGCAUUACAUGCUGAGGAUGAGCACUUUGAUAUAGUCUUUAUUGAUGCUGAUCAAAGGAACGCUGUUAACUACUACAGCUUUGUCAUGGAUAACCACUUGCUGAGAAUGGAUGCAGUGAUCUGUGUAGAGAAUACACUCAUGAAAGGACAAGUCUACCUGGAGAACAUAUCUGAUGAAAAUGUACUAGCUGUCAGAAAAUUAAAUACAGUGAUUAAUUCAGAUCCUCGUGUUGAGCAGAUAAUUUUACCUGUGCAGAAUGGACUGAGCAUCGUUCGAAGGAGCCAUGCACUUCCAGAUUGCAGUGUUUCUGAAAAAGAAGUGGUGAAGGAUGACGUCUUCUGGGGUUAUAACAGGUGCCGCAUCCUUGACCGUCUGCGUUUGGAUGGCAAGGUGGCUUACGUCACAGGCGGAGGGCAGGGAAUUGGAAGAGCCUUUGCUCAUGCCCUGGGAGAAGCCGGUGCUAAAGUAGCCGUUGUGGAUCUGGUCCUUGCAAAGGCAGAAGCGGUGGUGUGUGAGCUCAGCCUCAAAGGGAUUAAAAGCAUUGCCCUCGCAGCAGAUGUAAGCAAACCCGAGGAUGUGCAAAGGAUUGUGGAUACAAUCGUAGCUCGCUGGGGCACAGUUCACAUUGCAUGCAACAACGCGGGAAUCAAUAUGAACUCUGCAAGUGAAGAUACUUCCCUAGAAGAAUGGGACAAAACUUUUAAUAUUAAUUUACGAGGAUUAUUUUUGUGCUGCCAAGCUGCAGGCCGCAUUAUGCUGAAUCAAGGAUAUGGGAAGAUAAUUAACACAGCAUCUAUGGCAAGUUUAAUAGUCCCACACCCGCAGAAGCAGUUGGCGUACAACACCUCGAAAGCCGGGGUCGUAAAAUUAACACAGACAUUAGGAACCGAGUGGAUUGACAGAGGAGUAAAAGUCAACUGCAUUUCCCCGGGCAUCGUGGACACGCCGCUCAUCCGCUCCAAGGACCUGCGGCCGCUGGUGCGGCGCUGGCUGGCGGACAUCCCCGCCGGGAGACUGGCUCGAGCCACCGACCUGCAGGCUGCCGUCGUUUAUUUGGCCUCCGAAGCCUCGGAUUACAUGACAGGUCAUAAUCUGGUCAUCGAGGGCGGCCAGAGCCUGUGGUAA